UCGUUCCUUCCCUUCGUAUCGCGUGCUCGCUGGCUCGCCUAACCGUUCCAUCCAGUUAAUCUUUCCUACGGUGUCCGAAGUGCGAGAAAAGGGGAAGAACCCUAAUUUUUGACGCUUCUUUUCAUGUUUUGCCCCCUGGCGAUCGGAGAUUGCGGAGGAAUUCGAGGUGUUUCUUGGAUACUGGGCUCGCCAUGGCGGAAGCCGCAACCCCUCGUAGAUUCGUGGUAGGAUAUGCGCUCGCCCCCAAGAAGCAGCGGAGCUUCAUCCAGCCCUCGCUCGUCGGUCUCGCACGCGAGCGCGGCAUCGAUCUCGUUCCCAUCGAUACCUCACGGCGCCUUGCUGAUCAGGGUCCCUUCGAUUGCGUGCUCCACAAGCUCCAUGGGGAGGACUGGAAGGCCCAGCUCGAGGAUUUUGCUUCCAGGAACCCAGACGUUCCAAUUGUCGACCCGCCCCUUGCCAUCCGGCGCCUCCACAACCGCAUCUCCAUGCUCCAGGUCGUGUGUGAGCUCGAUAUCCCCCAGGAGAGGGAGACAUUUGGAAUUCCUAGGCAGGUGGUGAUCUAUGAUUCCGCGGCCCUCACAAACUCCGGGGACGUCGGGGUCCUCCGCUUCCCGGUCAUCGCCAAGCCCCUGAUAGCUGAUGGUAGCGCCAAGUCCCAUAAGAUGUCCCUUGUUUUCUGCCGGGAUAGCCUCCGAAAGCUCAAGCCGCCACUUGUGCUGCAGGAGUUUGUGAAUCAUGGCGGGGUCAUCUUCAAGGUGUUUGUGGUGGGGGAUUACGUGCAGUGCGUGAAGAGGAAAUCCCUUCCGGAUGUCUCCCAAGAGGAAUUGGAGUGCUCUGAGGGGUCUUUCACCUUCUCGCAGGUUUCCAAUAUGACGACGCAGGAUCCAGUGGGGGUUGACUAUUACAUGAAUUUGGAUAAGGCGGAGAUGCCUCCAUUGAGCUUUGUCACGGAGAUAGCAAGAGGUUUGAGGCGGCUCAUGGGAUUGCACCUUUUCAAUUUUGACAUGAUAAGGGAUUUGAAAGCAGGAGGAAAUCAUUACCUUGUGAUUGACAUUAACUACAUUCCUGGGUAUGCAAAAAUGCCAUUCUAUGAGAAAAUUUUAACUGACUUCCUCUGGAACAUCAUUCAUGAGAACAAUGAGCAUGAUGAUGUGGACUCGGCUGUUAACAGUCACUAUAAAGAGAGCAAGCUCUUGAUUGAUAGUCAUUGACAAGAUUGCACAAGAUAUAGAGAAUGUCGGAUGAGGGUUUUAAAGCUGCCAUCCUUCUAGAAAUUUAGUUUUCCUGAUUACUUGAAAGGUACAAGAAUUUUCACCUUUCUGCUAAGGUUAUCAGUCUGCAUGUUGUUGUGUUUGGCUGAAUAAGUAGGUCAGUCAAUUAGGGAUUCAUAACUUUGCCAUAAGUUCAUUUGGUUCUUACAUUGACUAAACAUCCUUACUUUGUGGCUGUGAUUAGAUAUGCCACCUUGUGACAUUGCUUUCUCUCUGUAGUUAGAAGAGUAAUAAGCCUGGUGGUCCAUUCAAAGGGUUAUGAUCUCAUUCUAAUCAACCGGGCAUUUAUAAAACAUGGGAUUUGUUAUUUGUCAUUUGUAAUUGUUUUGCUUAGUGCAUAUGAGAGUAAAGAUUGUUCUCUCGCAUGAGAAUUUGACUCUUGACUGUUCUGGCAAUUGUCAACACUAAAAUGCUAUGCAGUAUGUAAAUAUGUUGA